CACCGAGCAGAGCUUGCCAUCUACAGUGAAGAUGGCAAACAUGUGGCAGCUCAUAUUUCUGUUUUUGAUGUGGAUUCCUCUGAGUCUCUCAUCCAUUUUGAGCUUCAUUGGUUCACCACAGCAAUGUGAAAAGGCUCAUUUUGUACCAGGUUACAAUCUGGGUGGAGAGGGCUUUGACAUUGUGACGAUGGAGAGGAAGGGGGCUUAUGUCAUCGACACUGAAACAUGGAACCUUGGAAAUGGCACUUGUAAAAUGUACAGAAACAGCUACCAGGCAGGAGUGUACCAGAAGGUCCCAGUUGCUGUGACAGACUGGAGAACCCUCCCGAAGUGCACCAUGAAGGUCUCCAGCACACUCUACGACUCUGCUGAACAGCUCACGAACGAUUCUACAUCAUCUGUGACCAAUGACUGGAAAAUUGGUCUGAAUAUUCCUGUGGACCCGUCAGUCACUAUUGGUGUUAGCGCUGGAGGGUCACAUUCCAGGGCUUCCCAAUUUGGAAUGAAAAAGUCCAAAGAAGAUCGGUACUUCUUUGCCCGCCAAUCCAUUAAUUGUAACUUUUAUAGGUACAGACUGACCACUAAUCCUCCUUUGAGUCCUGAUUUUAUGUCAGCUGUAAACGCUCUCCCUCCAUCUCCUCCCUCAAAGGCAUCAUCGUAUCGUGAAGUGAUUGACACCUAUGGUACUCAUUACAUAACACAGGUAUAUCUUGGAGGGGAAAUAAAGGCAACAACAGCUUUUCAGACCUGCAAGGCAACCAUGGAUGGGCUGACAGCAACAGAUGUUAGUGAUUGCUUAACGGUUGAAGCCUCAGCUACCUUUGCUAAUAGUGCUAGUGUCAAUGCCAUGGGUAAACACUGUGAAGCACAGAAGAAGAAACUGAGCUCUGCUCAGAGUUUUAGUUCAGAAUUCAAUGAGCGUAUUACUGAGGUUAUUGGAGGGGAUGAAAUGGGAAUUGUACUUUUCGAAAGUGGUUCAGACCCUGAUGUGUAUAAAAACUGGUUAAACUCUCUUAAAACCACACCUGAUGUAGUUCAGUAUAACUUGAAGCCACUGCACAUGAUACUUCCAGAUAAUCAUCAUGCAAAAAAUGGUCUGAAACGAGAGGUGGAGCAGUACAUUAUGAGAAAUGUAGUGCUGAGGAAAUGCUCUGAAUCCUGUCAAAUUGGACACAGGUCCAGCAAAAGGGAUCCCUGUGCUUGUGUUUGUAAUAGCAACCAGAAUAUUAAGUCAAACUGCUGUCCUGCUGGGAAAGGUCUCGCAACACUGAAGGUGUACAAACUAUUUGCAAAGGGUUUGUAUGGUGAUACGUGGUCAGAGACGGAUGGUUCAGUGGAGGUUAAGUAUGGGGACCAGCUAAAGCGCACCGAAAUAAUCAGUGACAAUGACAAUCCUAGGUGGCCCGAAAAAUUUGAUUUUGGACCCAUUGUUAUCAACAUGCAAAACAAGCUGAAAUUUUCUGUUUAUGAUGAGGAUACAAAGUGGAACCGUGAUCUGCUUGGUCAGUGCUCUUUUGAUCUCCGUAGAGGGCUUGUGACAGACACCUGCAUGUUUGAUCAUGGUACGUUCUACUUUACCUACCUGGUGGAGUGUGCACCAAGCCUCGGUGGCAAACGAUGCGAUGAGUACAUUUCCUCCCCCAUGGACCCUUCUUUGACCAAAGCGUUUUACACCAGAAAUAGUGUUCUGCUCGGAGAUGCAAUGAAAAUGUUUUCAAAGCCAGGGAGUAAAUCAGGUUCUGGCAAACUGUGAGCUAUUUUUUACGAAAUGCAUUUCCUGCUAUUUUUUUAUGUAUUUUUGUCCAUUUUUUGUGAAAGAUAUUAACAUUUAAAGUGAACCAUGCUAAAUGCUAACAUAUACGUAAUCCUGCUUUAAUGUUGCUUUCCUAU